GGACGUGGGCGUGAAUGUGAGACCGAGGCUCCAGCGGUUCGUGGGAAAGCCGCUCAGAGGGGUUUGGUGAGUGUACCUGAGCGCACCAUGAAGCGGCCUUGUGAAGACACCACGUCCGACAGCGAUAUGGAUGAAACUAUUGAUGUGGGCAGCGAGAAUAACUACUCUGGUCAAAGCAGCGGUUCAUUUAUAAGAUGUGGCUCACCUACCACCACAUCCCAAGUUAUGGCCAGAAAGAAGCGGAGAGGGAUCAUUGAGAAGAGACGAAGAGAUCGAAUAAAUAAUAGUUUAUCGGAGCUGCGUCGCCUGGUCCCAACAGCAUUUGAGAAACAGGGAUCUGCCAAAUUAGAGAAAGCGGAAAUAUUGCAGAUGACAGUAGAUCACUUGAAGAUGCUCCAGGCCACAGGAGGGAAAGGAUAUUUUGAUGCCCAUUCCAUAGCAAUGGACUUCAUGAGCAUUGGCUUCAGGGAGUGUCUAACUGAAGUGGCCAGGUAUUUGAGCUCAGUGGAAGGUCUGGACUCCAGCGACCCACUCCGCGUCCGCCUGGUUUCUCACCUCAGCAGCUGUGCCUCGCAGAGGGAAGCAGCCACUAUGACCACAUCCGUGGCCCAUCAACAGCAGGCCCUGCACCCACACCACUGGGCCACGACGUUGCAUCCCAUUCCCACUGCAUUCCUGCAGCAUAGCGGACUUCAAUCCUCAGAGAGCUCCUCAAGCAGGCCGUCUGAGGUCCAACAGAGGGGUGCAGCCCUGCUGACCUCCUCCUACACCCACAAUGACUCCGUACUAAGAGCACCCCCUACAGGCAGCGUCGCUCCCUGUGUACCGUCGCUGUCCAGCUCGCUCCUUUCAUUAUCAGCUACCGUUCACGCGGCAGCCGCCGCAGCUGCAGCACAAACCUUCCCUCUAUCAUUUUCCGGAGGAUUCCCACUCUUCAGCCCCAGCGUAACGGCAUCAAUGGUGGCUUCUUCGGCCAUAAACACUUCUGUUUCCACAUCCACCACAUCCCAACAGAGCAGUGGUAGCAGUGGAAGCAGCAGUAAACCAUACCGGCCAUGGGGAACUGAAGUGGGAGCGUUUUAAAUGUUGGAUUUGCUCAAAGCUCUUGUUGCAGCUGGACGUCUUCCACUCUUUGUACAUAAAAGAAAGUUUUGGUCACCACCAUGGGACUUUCUGUGACCAGUUUUACACACUCGUGCAUGUAUGCAACUCACUGGGAGGGAAAAAAAUAUUUUUACUCAUUACACUAAGUGGAAACCUUAAAGCAGAUAUGUGUCAUUUUUUUGAUGUUAAAUAAUUUUUCUUAACCCAGUUUAAUAUGCAGAGACAUCUAUAAGAAAGCCAUUCGUAGAUUGAUUCCCCUGAAAAGUGUAACUGGCUCUAUGGUGCUUUCAACUUUGAUCAGUUUGUUUGAACAUCCCAACCAGCCAGACAUAGCAACAUUGGUUCAGUCAAUGGCGUGAUUUUGGGGCAGGACUAUCUGUUCUAUCUACCAGUGGAAGUCGGAGUGUUCGGGAAAGCUGUUUGAAAACAUAGUUUUUUUUUGCAGUUCGGUUUAGUGACAGUAGUGGCGCAGAAUUUCACAUUUUACCUUUUUAAGAGUGAUAAGGGUGAUUGCCAUUUUUAAAGAAAAAUCCCCAUCAAUCUCUUUAUUUAUGUCAACUUCUCUCACUCAUCUACUUUGUUCUCAUAGGGAAAUUUGGCUUUUUGGUUUAAAGGAAUAUUCUGGGUUCUAUAAAAUUUAAGCUCGGUUGACAGCAUUUUUGGCAUAACGUUAAUUAUCAAAAAAGUGAUUUUGGCUUUGUUUCUUUAAAUAAAAAAGCAAAAAUCUGCGUUACAGUGAGGCACAGACAAUGGGACCAAUCUGUAAAUAUUAAAAUACUCACUGUUUCAAAAGUAUAGACAAAAUAUUACAAAAUAUUAAGUAUUAACAUGAUAACCUUUUCUGUGUAGUUAUAUCCAACUUUGUUGCCAUGACGGCAUAACGCUGUAAACCCUAAAACCCUAAAAUGACCAUAUAAAUUCAGAUUUAAACCACUUUACACAUUUAAACAAGUUUUAAGUGAAGAAUAAAUGUAAGCGCUUUUAUAAAAUUUUAAGUUUCACAUUUCUUCCUUAAACCCUUCAAAAAUUUUACCCAUUCACUUCCAUUGUAAGUGCCUCACUGUAACUUUGAUUUUUGCUUCUUUUUUUAAGAAAAGGAGGGAGUCUAAAUACUUUUUUCUGGUAAUCAUUAUUAUGCCACAAAUGCUGUCAAUUUAACUUAACUUAAAUUGAACCUGGAAUAUUUCUUUAACUUGUUUCAAGUGAAAAAGACUGUACUGUGGACAGCUCCUACUUAAACACUCCUAAAACUUAGGCUGUAGAGCACAGUGAGUUUGCUAGGUCAAAUAUGUGGCAUAUCUAAUACACACUUUGUAUUACACACACUGUCCUAAAACUUAUAUGCUGCAUUUGAGAUAUAAUGCUUUAAAAAUUGUCAGUUGAAUAAGUGUUUUGUCUGACUUUCACAAACUCUUACACACAAAGUAGUUUUAAACUUUUUUAAAGACAAACCAAAGGUUUUGCAGAUAAUAAUUUUUGUAAUCUUUGAUUUAACAAUCCAGUUUGUAAAUCUGUAUAUGCGUAAGAUUGUAACUAGAGUUUAUAUUGAAAUUAGAUUAGUAAAUUGGUAUGAUGCACUUCAAUCACUACUGUUUUGGGGAGACAGGAUCUUCUCCACGUUACACAUGAGACCUACUGAAAAUGUAAAAAAUAACAUUCACUAAAACUCAUAUGUGAGAUUCUCAGUUUAAUAAUACUUCUGUAAUUUUGUUAACUUUUUAAUAACCCUAUCACGUUCUGUAAGAUGUAACCAUUUUCUAUGCAAAAAAGAAAAAACAGAUACCCUGAAAAAAUUUAAGAAGUUUUGUUUUUCUUUUUAACACAUAAGCCAUAAAACCAUCAUUCCAUUUGCCUUCACCACAACAGAUUCUGGAAUGUUAUGAUAGAAAGUAAUUGCUUUUCCCAAGCAUAAUUUGAUGGGGGAAAAAAAACGAUUUUGGUUUUUCUAAUGAAACAAUCAACUUCAAUUAUAUGUGCCACUUCAACUAAUAAAUCUGUCAGCAAACUUUAAAGUUUG